GAAAGCUAAGGUAACAUAUUUUCAUGUGAUUUGAAGGAGAGUCCUAGUAAAACAGUCAUCCUUCUUAACAAAUCAUUUAAUAGUGCAACAAACGUAUACUUUAUUGAGGAAGAGGAACCGAUCUCCAAUGUCAAAACCCUAAACUCUCACUUCAUUUUCCGAGCUCCUGUAAUGGCUGCUGCUUCCCCUGUUUCCCCUGCAUAUUCAAGAAUCGAGAGUAAAGGAGCCGAGAAAUGGCCGAAAACAUUUGCACUGAAGAACAAGAGGCCAAAUCAUCCGAGUCCUCCUUCAUACAGCUCUAGAGCUGGAAUUCGAGUAUCGGCUAGUUCGACAGAGAUUCCUAGCAGAUGGUACAACUUAGCUGCGGAUCUACCAGUUAAACCUCCUCCACCAUUGCACCCCAAGACCUUUCAGCCCAUCAACCCCGAGGAUCUCUCUCCUCUCUUCCCAAAUGAGUUGAUAAAGCAGGAGGCAAGCCAGGAUAGGUUUAUAGAUAUUCCUGACGAGGUUAUUGAUAUUUACGGGCUUUGGCGCCCGACUCCUUUGAUCAGAGCAAGGAGGUUGGAAAAGCUUCUCGAUACACCUGCUAGGAUCUACUACAAGUAUGAAGGAGUUAGCCCUGCGGGAUCGCACAAGCCCAACUCUGCAGUCCCCCAAGUUUGGUACAAUCUACAGGAAGGCAUUAGGAAGGUUGUCACGGAGACUGGAGCUGGUCAAUGGGGGAGUGCCUUGGCAUUUGCGUGCAGUUUAUUCGGCCUCGACUGUGAAGUGUGGCAAGUCCGAGCUUCAUAUGACCAGAAACCAUACCGCCGACUGAUGAUGCAAACAUGGGGGGCAAACGUCCACCCUUCUCCUUCAAACAUAACAGAGGCAGGUAGGAAGAUCCUUGAAGCCGAUCCCACAAGCCCCGGAAGCCUGGGGAUAGCCAUCUCAGAAGCCGUGGAAGUAGCAGGUUUGAAACCUGACACCAAGUACUGCCUCGGGAGCGUUCUCAACCAUGUUUUGCUCCACCAGACAGUCAUCGGCGAGGAGUGCACAAACCAAAUGGAAGCUAUAGGAGAGACUCCCGAUGUGAUCAUAGGGUGCAUAGGUGGCGGUUCUAAUUUCGCAGGGUUGAGUUUCCCGUUUAUUCGAGAGAAGCUGCGAGGGAAAAUUAACCCGAUCAUAAAGGCGGUUGAGCCAGCAGCAUGUCCCUCACUGACAAAGGGGGUCUACGCAUACGACUACGGGGAUACUGCAGGAAUGACUCCAUUGAUGAAGAUGCAUACUCUGGGGCACGACUUUAUUCCAGACCCAAUUCAUGCUGGAGGACUGCGUUACCACGGCAUGGCACCAUUGAUAUCUCAUGUCUAUGAACAGGGCUUCAUGGAGGCAACUGCUAUUCCUCAAAAGGAAUGCUUUGAAGGUGCCAUAAAAUUCGCCAGGACUGAAGGGAUAAUACCAGCGCCAGAACCAACUCAUGCCAUUGCUGCAACCAUCCGAGAAGCUCUCCGGUGCAAGGAGUCGGGGGAAACCAAGGUCAUACUGAUGGCAAUGUGCGGGCAUGGCCACUUCGACCUCGCGUCUUACGAGAUGUACCUGCAGGGGAAGCUGGUCGACUUGUCUUUCGAGGAGGAGAAGAUACAGGCGUCACUCGCCAAGAUUCCUAAUCUGGCAGCAUAAGUUUGAGGCGACAAAGGGCUGGCUUGGACAUUGCUCAAAUAAACAUUGACAAAAACCAUUGUUGCAUUCUAGGUUCACGGACGGCCCCUUUUGUAAUCGGAAAAACAAAAAAAAACCAUUGUCGCGUUACAUUAAUGUCGACUACUAUUUCCAAGUAGAAAUCCGAGAAUUGGCUGACAUAUAUCAAA